UACAUUUAUUUUCGUUUAUGCGCGUCUGUCAUUAUUGCUGUUCUCAACUUAACUUUCCCGAACUUUCCCAACAUUUUCUUUAAAUUAUGGUUGAAAUAACUUACAAAUACUAUAGUACAUUCAUAGUACAAACAAGUAUGGGGAGAAAGUAAAAGAAUAAAUAAUUUUUAUACAAGUUUAAAGUAUAUCUGGUGCUGGUCAUUGAAUAUAAAAACGUGUGUUUCAUGUGAUUAAAUAUAAAACGUAUUUACAUUAGUUCUUCCCCAGUUGGUGUUGGUGAAAUCUUCAGUUUCGUUUUAGUUUGAGUGUUUCGAAUGAAGGGAAAGUGAAAGUCAGAGCUCAGACUUUAACCUCCUCCCCGCUGCUGCGCCUCAGUCUGUCUCUCUGUUCGGUUCGGUUCGGCGGGAUGGCUGACGGUCCGCCGCUGAUCGUGGAGGGGGACUGGGAUCCGUCCCAGAGCAAAAACGUCAAGCUGAAGCUGCAGCUUUACUUCCAGAGCAAGAAGAAGUCUGGCGGAGGAGACUGCCGGGUGGAGCUGGAGGACAACGCCGCCAGAGUCUACUUCAACUCCGGGGAGGUGAGAGAGCAAGUCCUCAAGAAGACGAAUCAUGAAAUCGUCCUGGAGAAAGAAACAAUCAAGUUGAGGCUGAGCUCAGAACCCAGUCAUCCGUUUACGGGAUCCACAAGUAUUGAGGAGGAUUCAGCAGGUUUAGACAGUUCUGAGCCAGAAGUUAAACCUGGAGAUGGAGCUUCAUCCAAAAGUCAAGAAAGUGGAGCCUCAUCUGCAAAUGACCCUUCCAGUUUGGAACAACCAGCCAUCAAAAAUACAGAUACUCUCUUAGAUACAGAGCUGGAUCCAAACCCUGCUGUGGUUCUGGAGAACGUCGCUGAUGGGAUGUCCAGAGAUGUGCUGAUGAUGCUGGUGGAGAACAUUUCUGGUGUGGAUGAGAAGGACAUCCGUCUGGAGAUCUUCUGUGAGUCUAACAGAGCUGUGGUCACCUUCAACAACCCUACAGAUGCAGAGAAGUUCCUUUCUGUGAGUCAGAACAACAAAAAGCUGCAGAAACAUGGACUGACCGCUCGGUUACUGGAGCCAGCGAAGAGCAGCCGUGUGGAGAGUCCUUUGGCCUCAAAGCUGGAUCCAACCUCAGCAGUGGUUCUGGAGAACGUCGCUGACGAGAUGUCCAGAGAUGUGCUGAUGAUGCUGGUGGAGAACAUUUCUGGUGUGGAUGAGAAGGACUUCAGUCUGGAGAUCCUCCGGGAGUCCAGCAAAGCUGUGGUCACCUUCAACGACCUUGCAG